UCUAAAAACUUAACCGAAAAAAGAAACAAUAUCCAAACCUCAUCAUCUUACACAAUGAAGUGCUUCACUAAUCACAAUAUCUUAAAAACAAAACCAAAUCUCUUCAUCACCACCACCAAACCCACUUUUUCCGGCCAUUUUCCUCCACGUCCGAGCCCAUUUAGCAAUACCCAUUUCGGAUUUUCAUCGACCCGGCCCGUAUUUAACUCCAUUUCUGGUGCUGGGGUUGGUGGGUGCUUAAGUUUUUACAGGAAAGACCGUAGCUUUCGUGGUGGGGUUAUUGCCAUGGCUGGUUCUGGCUCUGUGCAGAAGUCUGAGGACGAGUGGCGUGCGGUUCUGUCGCCGGAGCAGUUUCGGAUUUUGAGGCAGAAAGGAACCGAGUAUCCAGGCACUGGGGAAUAUAACAAGUAUUACAAAGAUGGUGUCUACAAUUGUGCAGGUUGUGGAACUCCUCUGUAUAAAUCCACAACCAAAUUUGACUCUGGUUGUGGUUGGCCUGCAUUCUACGAGGGUCUCCCUGGAGCCAUUAAUCGCACUGAGGACGCAGACGGAAUGAGAAUUGAGAUAACUUGUGCAGCUUGUGGUGGACAUCUGGGGCAUGUAUUUAAAGGUGAAGGGUUUAAAACUCCUACAAAUGAACGUCACUGCGUCAAUAGCAUCUCACUCAAGUUUACUCCUGAAAAUUCUUCCCAGUGACGAGCUAUAAACUUGUUUAUGUUAUAAAUUUGUAUAAAACAUGGUAACGGUGUUGCAUUUACCAGAAAACGAAUUAAAAAACGGAUCUCUCUCUUCUUUUUUUGUUAGUAUUGUUAAUGUUUUGAAAUAAAGAUUUGCUGUUGUGUAAUGAUGCAUCUUGGUUUCGGAUUUUGCCAUAGAUGCAUGAAUUAUUAGUAGAUACGAAGGUUUAAUCUUUGUAUUCUGUUCCUCUUGUUUGUUCUUUUUUGUAUUAAUGGAAGUUCCCAAUUCCUGA